AUGGUUCGUUCGUGUGCUGCUUUUAACUGUAACAGUAAGAAUGGAAGCAAAGAGGAAGAUGGAAACAAUGUUGCAUUUCACAGGUUUUCCCUUACAAAUGAUUUUCUACAUCAGAAAUGGAUAGUUGCUACCCGGAGAGAGAACUUCCAACCGACAGCAAAUCAUUUGCUGUGCUCUCUUCAUUUUGAAGAGAAUUGUAACAUGGAAAAUUAUGUAAAUAGACGUCAACUGAAGGACGAUGCUACACCAAAAGUAUUUGCAUUCCCAACUCAUUUGAAAAAGGUUACCAAAGCAAGGAAACUGCCAAAGCCAAGAAAUGCUGAGACAGCAGAAAACAUGUGUGUGGAUGUGCACGUUUCUGGUUACAUUGGAGACCACAUUAUUCAUUUCCAUCGAGUCCAAACUAAGUUAAAUACAGUGAACAAAAACUGCAAAAGACAAAUGCAGAAGAUUUGCAAAUUAGCAAAUAUUUUAGAAGAACUAACAGCUAAAAAUUUAGUAAACAAUAAAGUAAUCUCGCUUAUUAACGCUACUCACAGUGACAUGUUAUUGGAGAUCCUAGAUAGAAGCAAAAACAGAUCACAGCAAUAUUCGGAUAGGUUAAAAGCUUUUGCUAUAACUUUAAAUUUUUAUUCACCUGCUGCUUACAGGUAUGUUCGCAGUACAUUUAAUUUAUCUCUACCACAUGUAAGUACUUUACGGAGAUGGUACAAUUGUAUUGAAGGUUUGCCAGGUUUUACGUCAGAAAGUUUUGACAUUAUAAAGGCAAGAAUUGCAAAAUCGUCUCGUGAAGUGUUUUGUGUGUUAAUGUUUGACAAAAUGUCAAUGAAAAAGUGUGUUGAGUGA